AUGUCAUUUACUACAAAAGUUUUGCCCGUUAACCGUGAGGCUAUCUCGUUCGUUAACGAUAUGCCGAUUUUUUCAGAUGUCGUUACUAAAGAGAAUCUCGAACUCGCUGCAAAGGAAAUUCAGAAAGCUGGUACCGUGGUAGCAUUUCCAACGGAGACCGUAUAUGGUCUUGGGGGCUCGGCUCUUAAUGAUGAAUCUGUUAAAUCAAUCUACAAGGCUAAAAACAGACCAGCAGACAACCCACUCAUUGUUCAUGUUUCAUCAGUGGACCAGCUCCAGCGAUUGAUUCUUACAAAGCUGCAUACCAUUCCUCCUGUAUACGAAAAGUUGAUAGAAAGGUUCUGGCCUGGUCCUUUAACCAUUCUUGUUCCUGUGGAAGAAGGCAGUCCCGUGCUGAAGUUAGUAACUGCUGAUCAAAAUACCGUGGGUAUCCGAAUGCCCGACCACCCAGUGGCCAGAGCACUUAUAGCACUCAGUGAUACUCCAAUCGCUGCACCCUCGGCCAAUGCAUCCACCCGUCCGAGUCCGACAUUGGCCAACCAUGUCUUGCAUGACUUAAAUACCAAGAUUCCGUACAUUUUGGACGGUGGUCUGUGUUCUGUGGGAUUAGAAUCGAGUGUUGUGGAUGGACUUGUGAGCCCACCAAUGCUUCUUCGGCCCGGUGGACUUACAGCAGAGGAUAUUCGUGAGUAUGGAGGCGGAGAAUGGGAAAACUUAGUAUUGGCUAAGAGGACAGCAGGGGACUCAGAGACGGUAAGGACGCCAGGUAUGAAAUAUAGACACUACUCACCAACUGCCAAAGUGGUGUUAUUUGUCGAUUGUGGAGAUGGAAAGAGUGCUGUGAGCAAGUACAUGGAAGGGAAGGAUAUUGAACAUGCAAAGGUGGCAGUUCUUCGAGCAGGCAAAUUUGUAUCGAGUGGAGAGUUGGGACUUCUGGGAGCCAUUGAGAGAAGAAUGGGAAACAAUUCAGGCGAGGUUGCGCAUAGCUUGUUCAAGUUGCUCCGAGAGGUUGAUGAAAUGGAUGUUAGCUUGAUUAUUGUAGAGGGAGUGGAAGAGAGUGGAGAUGGAUUAGCUGUCAUGAACCGACUCUCCAAAGCAGCAUUUGAGACAAUUACUGGAGAAGAAUAG